UCGCGCACGCGUGUGGGCGGUUUUCCGGCGUUGGUUGUCUCUUGGAGCAGCCAUGGGGAAGGUGAACGUGGCCAAGCUCCGCUACCUGAGCCGGGACGACUUCAGGGUUCUGACCGCGGUUGAAAUGGGCAUGAAGAACCAUGAAAUAGUUCCUUGCAGUUUGAUAGCCUCCAUAGCCAGCCUUAAACAUGGUGGUUGUAAUAAGAUUUUGAGAGAACUGGCGAAACAUAAACUCUUAGCUUAUGAACGAACUAAAACUGUCCAAGGCUAUCGGUUGACAAAUGGGGGUUAUGACUACCUCGCUUUGAAAGCACUUUCUUCAAGACAGGUGGUUAACUCUGUUGGAAACCAGAUGGGUGUUGGCAAAGAGUCAGAUAUUUACAUUGUUGCAAAUGAAGAGGAGAAACAGUUUGCACUAAAGUUUCACAGACUAGGAAGAACAUCAUUCCGCAAUUUGAAAAACAAACGUGAUUACCACAAACAUAGACAUAAUAUGUCUUGGCUUUAUUUAUCUCGCUUGUCUGCCAUGAAGGAAUUCGCGUAUAUGAAGGCACUCUUUGACAGGAAAUUUCCAGUUCCAAAACCAAUCGAUUAUAAUCGACAUGCAGUAGUCAUGGAACUCAUAAAUGGUUACCCUUUGUGCCAGAUACAUCACAUUGAAGAUCCUGCUGCAGUAUAUAAUGAAGCCAUGGAACUAAUUAUCAAACUUGCCAAUCAUGGACUAAUUCAUGGUGAUUUUAAUGAAUUCAAUCUAAUUUUGGAUAAAGAUGACCACAUAACCAUGAUUGACUUCCCACAAAUGGUCUCAACAUCUCAUCCAAAUGCCGAAUGGUACUUUGACAGAGAUGUUAAAUGCAUUAGAGAUUUCUUCAUAAGACGUUUCAAUUAUGAAAGUGAACUUUAUCCAACCUUUGGAGAUAUCAGGAAGGAGGACUCUCUUGAUGUAGAGAUUUCUGCCAGUGGAUAUACAAAAGAAAUGCAGGAAGAUGAUGAACUACUUCAUCCACUAGGUCCUGAUGAUGAGAAUCUUGAAAUAGAUGAAGGAUCUGAAUGUCCUUCAUCGCCUGAAGAACUGACAGAAAAGGUUAAGACUUCUGAGGUGGCAAGUGGAAGAAACUUCAUGGAUGAUGAUUGUAACAUGAACUCUUCUGAAGACUUGGUACAGGGGAAUACAGAUGUGCUGUCUGAGGAUAAGAAUAGUGCACAGUGUUUUGAAAUGUCUGAAAUCGGUCAUUCAUUAGGAGAAAUUCAGGGAGAAAUUGUCGAAGAAAAAAAGAGAAGUUGCAUAAAGCAUUCUGCAAUUGAUUUUCCUGAAGAAGAAAACAGCACUGACAAUAUCACCAAGGGAGAAGAUCAAGUGCAUCAAGGAGAAAUUCUUGCUGAUCCUCAGGAAUAUGAAGAUGAAUGUCCUGAUCUAGUUAACUUGUCAGCAUUAAACAAAGAACUCAGGCCUUUCAGGGAUAAAACCAUGGAACAGAUUAGUCACCAUAGAACAAGAACUGAGAGUGUCACUUCUGCAAGCAGCAUCGUAAGCUGCUCCACAAUUCCUCCGGAACUGGUGAAACAGAAGGUGAAACGUCAGUUGACCAAACAGCAAAAAGCUAUAGUUAGACGACGAUUACAGAAGGGAGAGGCAAAUAUUUUUACCAAGCAAAGGAGAGAAAACGCAUAUAACAUUAAGUCAAGCUUAGAAGCAGCUAGUUUUUGGGGAUAACUAAUGGAACUUUUUUCUAAAAGUCUAGCUUAUAAUGUUUUGGGAAGAAAGUGUUAUUUUGAAGAUCUUAUUUUUCUGUAAUUUUGAUUAUGUAAAUGUGUGUAUAUAUAUAUAUAUAUACUCUAUUUUGAAGUAAUUGGUUUGUUGGUUUCUGUUUUCAAGAAAACACCAAAAAAUCUUGCUAGUUUAUUUAAUGAAUGUCUUUCUGAAAGGCAUUUGGGGCAAUAUUACAUACAUUGAAUUAUCAUUUUUGAUCCUUUGGUAACUGGAGCAUUUAAGUCCUGUGAAAAUUUGACAAAUAUAUUCUAAAUAACCAACUGAAAAUUCCCAGCAACAUCUGCUCUCAGGGCAGGCGAGCCAGCCUACCUGAGGCAUCAGGGUACCUUGGGGAGGAAACAGUCCAGCAUGUGCAGACAAGUCAAACCAAGACCACCACCUUAACUGUCAGCUCCACUUAGACCCUGGUAGACACAGCCUAAGAAGCUGAGCCAUCUUGGGAAGCAGUUCCCAUGGAGACAGCUUGAAAACUGUUCCUGUCACAACUGCUGAAGACUGAGGAAAGUUCUUGUCUCCAGAGUCCUCAGCACUGGCAAAUGGUUCAACAUCAGAAACUGAUGUUUUUAUCAGUGGAAGUGACCAAAAAAAAAAAAAAGACAUUACCACCUGUUUUGUUGUUGUACUUUAAGGACCGUGGGACCCUUCAAUCUGACUUGUAGCUCAAACUGUGGUAAAUGUAUCCUCCAUUAGAAUAUGACCUUCUUGAGAGCAGGAACUGUCUUUUCUCUUUGUAUCCCCAGAGCUUUGCACAAAUAAAUGCUUCCUUCGUUCAUUCAUACAAAGCAUGUGGAGAGAUGCUAAAUUAAAUGCAUUUGAUGACCUAUGUUGCCUUAUAGGCAAGGUGGAGUGGUAGGAGCUGCCAACAAAAUCACCACCAAAUGACAAUAUCACUUAGUUUCUUUAAUUGCUGACAGUAAUUUCAUGGCAGAGUUGCUUAAUAGAACCAAAAGGUUUAGUUUUAUAAUCCAGAUGAAAGGAAAUAUUUUUUUAAAUAUAUAAUCCAAAAGAGAAAAUAAAUUACAUAUGGCCUCAUGCUUCUUGACUUUAUUAGUUUAACUACCAGAUGCUCAGUUGACUAAAAUUGAGUCCCCACACUGUAAAAGGCUCUGUACUGGGCAUUGUUGGGAAUUUAGAAAGUUUUGGGGAAAACAGUUGUUACUUUAAAGAUACUAUGGGGCAGCUAGGUGGCGCAGUGGAUAGAGCGCUGGCCCUGGAUUCAAGAGGACAGGAGUUCAAAUCCGGCCUGAGACACUUGACACUUAGUAGCUGUGUGACCCUGGGCAAGUCACUUAACCCUCAUUGCCACGCCCAAAAAAAAAAGAUGAAUAGAGAAAAUUAAAUGUAACACAUCUAAUGGCAAAUGUGAGACAGCACUGACUACUAAUUUUGGUGGGAAAUUUCACCCUCUGUUUUGUAUGGUAAUAAAAUGUAUUUCCUUAGCAUCUGAGGUUCAGAUUUUCAUAUGUUCAUGGGAUAUAGGCCCAGGUUAAUUUUUAGAGAUGAUGUUCUUGGCUUGAUCCCUAUCUAAAGUCCUGAGAAAUUUAUCUUACUGGAAAAUGUAAUAUACUGCACACUAUGUAAAAAAACUAGCAAUCUAAUGUCAGAACAUUGGUCUAGUUCCCCUUUCUUCCAGGUUCUACUGUUCCUAAAAGAAGGCUUCAUAAGACUUUUUUUUUUUUUUUUUUGCUGAAGCAAUUGGGGUUAAGUGACUUGCCUAGGGUCACCCAGCUGUAAAUGUUAAGUGUCUAAGGCCGGAUUUGAACUCGGGUCCUCCUGACUCCAGGGCCAGUGCUUUAUCCACUGUGCCACCUAGCUGCCCCCUCAUAGGACUUUCAUCUGCUUUCCAUUGCCAAAUAUACCUCCUUGAGAACUGCUUGCCUUACCUCCCUUAUUUGCAUAAUACAUCAAAGUAAAUUUUCUGAGGGCAAAAGUUCAGUCUUCUUUAAAAUUUGUAUUUCCCACAGGACCUAGUAUAGUUCCUUGCACAUUGGUGCUCUUUGAAUGAUUACAGAAUGCAUGAUUUCAGUCAUUCCCAGAAAUGCACCUCUCACUUUUCCACAAUCCACUUAAUCUCUCAUCUCAUGCUAUAUGUGUAGUUCAAGUUUGUUGUGUUUUUUUUCAAUUACUUGCAUGAUUUUUCAUCUCUAGUCAUCAUAGUUCUUUUUUACUCACUGGACAGUUAUUUGUCAAGAUGGUAGAGUGAGAGGAAGCAAAAUAGUCCAUCUUACUACUCUUCCAAGGAUAGAAAAAGAAUGAGAUAGAAAUGACCCAGAAACCCAAGAAGAAACUACAGUAAGUGCAUGUUGCCCACACAGGUCCACAUAGACAGCCAGUUACUCCCAUGGAUACUAGGGAUGAGAUCUAGCCAGAAAAUCUUAUGCUGCAGUAUGGUACAUAGGUCUCCAAUAAAAGGACCAUGGUCUAGUGUGCCUGGAUCCUAUAGCGUUUGUAUUGUUCUGAUCUGAGUAAAAAGCCUAUAGUAUUAGGAUUGAUGGCAACUAGCAGGGCACAUCCUGGAUCAGAGCAGCUCUUCAGUGUUCAACCCUGCAUUCCCGCACAUAAACUGCCCAACUACUGAGGAAAGCUGCUCUUAGAAUUCUUGAAGAAUCUGGGAGAUUGCCCAAAUAAUACAGAUCACUACCAAAGAAGGCCUCAUCAUUCUUUUCAGAAGUACAGAGCUUAUCCCUGACUCAAAGGCUCAAUUCAGGAAGUAAGACUGUAAAAACGAGUAAAGAUAAGAAAACAUCAACUGUAAUAUCAUGGAGCCAGAGCGCUCAAGACAUAAACCCAGACAAAAGGAAUUCAUGUACGAGCAGAGUCUCAAAAUCACAAGUCUGCCAAAUGCUCUAAUGGAGUUCCUGGAAGAAAUUAAAUGUUUUUAAAUGUUUCAUUUGUUAAUGAAAUGUGAGUUCUAGAGAAAGAAUUGGAAGGAUAAACAGCUUAGUAUCAGAAGUAUAAAACAUACUCAAAAGACUGAAAAAUAGGCCCAAAAGACAAGAAAUAGUAAAAACAAAAUAUUUUUAAAACCAAAAAAUGUAAGGUAUAACCUAACAAAAGCCGUUGACCUGCAACAUAGGUCAAGGAGAGCUCUUGUUAAGAAUCAUAUGACUACCUAAAAUAAAAAUCCUAGAUAUAUUUCAAGAAAACAUGAAUUCAAAUUAUCUGUUAGAACCAAUGGCCAAAAUGAAAAUAUAAUCUACUAAUCACCUCCUGAAACCCCAAAAUGAAAAAUCCCAGGAAUGUCAUUAAAGAUUAAAGAAAAAAAUGUUUAAAAAAACAUUCAGAAGAGUUUAAAUACUAAGGAACCUGAAUCGAUUUUUUUUUUUUUUUGGUAAGGCAAUUGGGGUUAAGUGACUUGCCCAGGGUCACACAGCUAGUACGUGUCAAGUGUCUGAGGCCGGAUUUGAACUCAGGUACUCCUGAAUCCAGAGCCGGUGCUUUAUCCACUGCACCACCAAGCCACCCCUAAAAAGGUGCCUUUUUGAUUCUCAUUCUGAGAUAGAUUUUUUUUUGUUGUUAGCUAAAAUGUUUUGGCCAUGUUCAGAAUGCUUAUAAAUGCUGAUUAAAAAUAUAUAUAUAAAAACCACUUUCAGGGGUGGCUAGGUGGCGCGGUGGAUAAAACAUCGGCCCUGGAUUCAGGAGUUCCUGAGUUCAAAUCCAGCCUCAGACACUUGACACUUACUAGCUGUGUGACCCUGAGCAAGUCACUUAACCCCUAUUGCCCCGCAAAAAAAACAAAAAAAAGGGGAAAAAAAACCACUUUCACCAUAAAGGUGACCCCCUUAGCUUCAGAGCAGCCACUAUUGUCAUCACCAUUUAGAGACCUCAAGUAUAUCGUCCAUCAAACCUUUCUUAUAGUAAAAUUGGUUCCCCAUGAAAUCAUACCCUCUAGGUACAAGAGCUCCGUAGGUACUCUGAUUUCAUCCAUUUACACCAUGACUAAAGUUUGACUUUUCUUAACCUUCAGAUUUGUAGAGGGUUUUGGCUUUGCAUUCAUUUUUCUGCUGCUGCUACUUAAUUGACUUAACAAUUUGAGUAAUGAGAGUGACUAAACUAAAACUAAAAUGGAAUGGUUUAUUCUAGAAAUGGCUGUUAAA